UACUGCUAGCAUCAGGGGAACUUUUUUUCUCUCACGGAUGGGUGGUUCUUUCUGAGAGGCGUUGCCAUACAGCGACUGCGCCAGGAAUAUAUACCCGCAGUCACUUACUCUGUUUCAUACGUUGCGCACCGCGUUGCCAUUUCUAAGCACCGCUUACUUCGCCGUGUGAGUUAUCUUGUGAAACGCUGUCUUCGCCAUGGCCGACUACAUUCACGUCCCAGACGAGGCUCCCGCUGUGCCCAAAAUAGAUGUGACGGUCGAUGAGAACGACUACCGACCCGGUGCAUUGCGGCUAAUGAAGGAGCUCAGACCAAGCUGGAAGCCGUCCGAAAUUAAAAUGAAGCUUGUCUCCAGUCUAUUACUCUCCAUGGUUGGAUUUCUCCUGGGUUCUUAUAUUGCUGAACUUUACGUUGACGUAGGAUGUGUUGAUAUGGAAAGCAUCACCAUAACUCCAAAAGAUUCCCGCUGGGUGGGUGCCUGGUGGCUGGGCUUCCUGGUAUCCUCUUCCCUGCUGCUGGUCUCCAGUAUCCCUUUCUGGUUCUUGCCGCGCUCGCUUCCCAAACAAGGGCAUGAAACGGACAAACCCACUGAUCCUCCCUCCCUGAUCCUCGUUGGGGCAGAGAGUGCACAGAACAGCAACCAAACCAUCAAGCUGACCGAAAUCGCAAAAGGUUGCAUUUUAACAGCUGCAUCACACCAGACCUCAAAUCCCUCGCUUUGGGUAUUCAGACUUUGGUAACCAGGACUCUUGGUGGAAUUCCAGCACCUGUGUAUUUUGGAGCUCUGAUAGACUCUACUUGCCUGAAGUGGUCCAUCAAGAAGUGCGGGGGAAGAGGGGCGUGUCGCAUUUACGACUCAAAUAUGUACAGAAUCGUUUUCCUUGGUCUGAUUACUUGCCUCAGCGGCACUUCCUAUUUCUUCAUGAUUGCCGUCAUCGUCCUCCUGAAGCGACAGUUUUGGAAAGCAGACCGGGAGACAGAGCUGCAACAACCCAGAGCGGCAAAGGAAAGUGGAAUUAUGGUUCAGCUGGACAUUCAGGAGAAGAGCAGUGCUGGGAACACAAGUCCCAAACUGUCUUCUGACAAAACAGACUCUGCUGGAGUUGAGAAAGACUUGGAAGGAUGAGGGGAAAUAGUCAGAACAGAGCGACUCAUUGCAAAUAAUAGUCUAUUUUUCAUAAAUAUAUAUGAUGGGAACCUGACAGAGACUUCAGGUGAGUUGUUUUUCUUUCUCAUAGAUAGUCAGAGAAUGUUAUCAACAAAACCUCUGGUCUAAAAAAGAUCAUUAUUUCCUAAGUCGUGCAAUAAAGCAGGCAGUUCAAGUUAGUCUUCUCUUGCUAUGUCUGUUUACCUCCAUAUUGGUUAUCAUGUAACAGUUCGUUUUACUACUACAGACAGGUUGAGCAGCAAUUUAAUAUACUGACCUUUUUGUACAUAUGACAACGCUACAUCUCUGCCAUGUUGAAAGCAAAACUGAUUGUUUAAUCAAACCUCUUGUUUAAAAAUGCUAUUUUUGGCAAUAAAUAAAUCCUUCAGUAAAA